AUGCGUGACGUCAGUUGCCAUCGAGACCGGAAACAACGCUAUAUCCUAUCAAAGUAUGGUCAAUAUAUCCAAGGAUAUUUUCGUUAUAUUGACGAUCUGCUUUUGCUCUGGAGUGGUAGUACCAUAGAGGCUAUGGAUAUGGUACAGGCACUUAAUCAGAUUGAAAGUCCCAUCAAGUUUACGUCUAACAUCAGCUCGACAGCAGUACAAUUCUUGGAUCUAGAAAUAGCUAUUACAAAUCAGUGUUUAUCAUAUUGUCUCUAUAGCAAACCUACUGAUAGGAAUACCAUUUUACAUAGCACUAGUGCACAUCCGGUGGCAUUGAAGAGGUCUUUACCUAAAGCUCAAUUUCUGCGAGUGAUUCAAAAUAACUCGGAUGUGAAUAUCAUGGAGGAACAACUUAAAGCGAUGAUGGAGAGAUUCCUUGAACGCGGCUACCGACGAAAUGACCUAGUGAGAGCAUUAGAAGAAGCUAAGAUAGCCAAGAGCCAAGGACGGAGCCCCAAGGUUGGUUUUUCCAGUCACUUAUCAUGA